GUUCACAUGUAUGAAAUGAGAAGACCAUUAUCUGAAAAGAAUUUGGGAAGGUAUAUUCCUGAACAAACAAGACCAAGUUCAGCUAACUAAAUAAAAUAAUUAACUCAAAUGAAAAGUUCAACCCAUUUGAGCAAAUAAAAUUUUUCAUAUAAGGAUCAAAAGGAGAAUAUGGAAAUAAGAUCAAAUUAAUAAGACACAACAAACAAGAAGCCAAAUACUAAAGAAAUCUUUGAAUAUAAAAAACUAUAAGAUAAAUUAUCAUAUUUGGAGUAAAAGAUAAUAAAUAUCAAAACACAUAUUGAUAAUAGUUAGAGAUAAACAAAAUAAGGUUUGGCAUCCAGAUUUUUUACUACUAAAAAUAAUGAUUAAUAAUAACAAUAAUAACAAUAAUAAGAUAACAUUAAUAAACCAAAAAUUAGCAAGAAUGAUCUUGAUUUGAACUAAAUGCAAAAUAAAUUAAAAUCAAGCACUUUAGUUAAUGAUCCAAGAGUAGUAUCAAAUGAUAAUCUAAAUAAAAAGCCAUCCUUAUCUACCUUUGUAACUUAAUAGAAAACAAGUAGUGAAGCUAAUAUCUAAAAGAUAAUCUAAAUUCAUCCUGAAUCAGCUAAAGGAAUGGCUUAGAAAAUAACAUUUUCAAAUAAUUAGAGAGAAAGAUCAACAAAAUCUGAGACUUAAUUUCUAUAUUAUAUUUCAUCUGUUAUAAGAUGUUAUAUGACACCUGAAAUAACAAAACCAAUAUAAUAGGUUAGAGAACAUUUAAUUUAAUCAAUAUCAGCUGCUUCGUAUUCUAAAAUGAAGAAUUCUUAGUAAUAUGAAGAGAAGAGAGUUAAUUUACCAUCUAUUUCAUUAAAAAAAACAAUAGUGUUUGAUUUAGAUGAAACAUUAAUUCAUUGUAAUGAAUCAAUAAAAGUGCCAGGUGAUGUAAUUUUGCCUAUAAGAUUUCCAACAGGAGAUGUGAUAGAGGUAUUAUAUCAAUUUAAAUUAGGCAUCAAUUAAUAUUAGACCAUAUGCUCAAUAGGUUUUAUAGACAUUGAGUAGACAUUUUGAAUUGAUUGUAUUUACAGCUUCACAUUCUUGUUAUGCAAAUGUUGUGAUUGAUUAUUUGGAUCCAACAAAAUAAUGGAUAUCACAUAGAUUCUUCAGAGAGAGUUGUGUAUAGACUGAAGAAGGAGCAUUUAUUAAGGAUCUAAGGUAUUGAGUGAUUGUUUUUGGUUAGAGUCAUUGGAAACAGACUGUUAUCGGAUCUGGUACUUGUAGAUAAUGCUGCAUAUUCAUUUUGUAUGUAGUAAUUAAAUGGUAUUCCGAUCCUGAAUUUUUAUGAUAAUAAAUCUGAUUAAGUAUGAAAUAUAAAAGAGUAUUAAUAGGAAUUACUUUAUUUACAAAAUUAUUUAAUGGCUAUGAAGUAUGCAAAGGAUGUGAGAUAAUUUAAUUAAUAAUAUUUGAAACUAGAUAGAUUUGGAGAGUUCAAGGAUCCAAUUUAGUUAUUAGAGACUUUGUUCAAAGAGUAUAUACCAUGA